AUGGGCAACCAUAUCUCCUACGAAACGCGCACAUGUGAAGCCGACCUCGGCGCCCAGGGAAGGAUCAAGGGUCUUCAAUUCGACCACAAGUCCCGGCGCUACGCAGGUGUCCCAUAUGCGUUGCCGCCUGUAGGCGGGCGUCGUUGGCGCAAGCCUUGCGCCUUGCCAUCGGGAUAUGCGUACGGUGACACUGAGCAUCGGCCCUACGAUGCGACCUCAUUCGCACCUCCAUGCUGGCAGAAGACUUUUAGCUCCGCUGCCGAGCAGUCAGAUGCGGUGGCGGCGUACAGCGAGGAUUGUCUGCGUCUCAACAUCUGGACGCCCGUGCCUGAAGAGGGUGGCGAGGGCCAGAAAUGGCCGGUAUACGUUUGGCUUCACGGUGGUUGGUUUCAGAUGGGCGACCCAUCGCAGGAUUCCGGAAUGGAUCCGACAGAGUUGAUCUCAACCGCAGGGCUCAACGCUGUCGUGGUGGUUGUUGGAUAUAGGCUCAAUGUGUUUGGAUUCCUGGCAUGCGAAGCGCUCCGGGAGGAGUCCAAAGGAGAAGCCGCCGGCAACUAUGGUCUUUGGGACCAGAGAUUGGCAUUGGAAUGGAUCCAUGACAACAUAGCAGCCUUUGGGGGAGACACCGGCAAUGUUACGUUGGCAGGGCGCAGUGCCGGAGCCUACAGUGUGCAUGCGCAGGUACUGCACAGUUUGCGAACUGGCUCGAAUGGCGGGAGGGAACUGUUUCAUCGUUUCUUCAUGUGUUCGAACGCAAUACCGUCUCAGCCUAAGAAACCAAGUGAAACAAAGGACCAAUUCGCCGAACUGUGCGAGGAAUUGAAGAUUUCUGAGAACCUUUCCGACCAGGAGAAGCUAUCUCGACUGCGAGACAUCCCACCGGACCAACUCGUGCGUGUCCUUGGUAGCAUGGUCAACCACACAUUCCGACCAGUAACCGACGAUCUCUUCAUCCACGACGGCAUCGUUGAGUAUCAGUUGAGUGGUUCGUUUGCCGCCGAUUUUCUCCAGCAUGGCUACCGCCUGCUGAUCGGUGAAGUGUUGAACGAGGAAACAUUGUACGCAACCUAUAAUGGUCCAGCGGCACCUUCUAUGGACGCACUCCAGGCACAGGUCCACAACUACUAUUCCCGGAGCGUGACAGACAGGAUCCUCAAACAUUACAAGAUGCCCGAAUCGAGCCAACUGGCAGACUGGUCAACACUGUUCGGCAACAUCAUUGCCGACGGCCAAGUUCGCGCACCAUCGCGACUCCUCGUCGACUCCCUGCUCUCCCAUGGCGUACCUAUCGAGCGCGUCUGGCGAUAUCAGAUCGGAUAUCGUCUCUCGUUUAUUGACGAGAAGCAGGCUCCGCGGAGUUUCGGUGUGGCACAUGCCAUGGACAAGCCGUUUUGGAACUUCUCCAUCACGCAUGGCCCGUCGGAAGACGAGCUUCGACUCAUGAAAAAUUGGAUAGAUGAUCUAGUCUGCUUCGUUCAGAACAACGCGGAUCGUGGUUUCGGCACGCACAGAGGAAAUGAUAUGAAAGUCAUCACGUCAGAAGGGCAAAUUGAGGUUUGGGAGGAUAAAGAGUAUAGCAGACUACUAGCUUUAGGUCGUCAGUUCGCUGGCGCGUAG